UAAACAUUUAAGUAAAUUUAAUCAAAUAUAAAUACGGCGCUUGUAUAAAAGGUUUAAACAUAUAACCCAGUUUUAUAAUUUACAUUUCCAAACACCAUUAAUUUGAGUAGUCAUCAGGUAUGAGUGUUUCGGUAGAGAGUGCGUCCAGUCAACGUUCUAAUGCACAAGCUUCAACGCUUACCUCAGCCGCGCGGCCUCCUACGUCGCUGCUCUUCUCACGUGGAAAUUUAGUUAGUAGCCGGAUGAGCAAUGACAGAUCGACGACAGCACGUCCGUCUACAGCUGUACGGGGAGUUGGUUAUGGUGCAAACUCAGCUGGUUCCACAGGACAACGAUUCGACGAACUAUUUUUAGAAAAGGCCAAGCAGCAAACGCUGUCCUCUACAAAUGCAACUGUAGACACUAAAAAGGAAGUCAAUCCACAGGUUAAGUUUAAGCACCUAGAAUCAAAGAUCACAAAAUUGCUCGAAGCUUCAAUUGUGUCAUCAACAAAAAAUGCAUUGGUUAAUAACGGCACAUCUACAGCCGAAUUAAAAUCAACAUUAUCAGAAGCGCUAAAUAAGGCCAAAGAAGCUUUUUCACUGGAUCGUACUUUGCAUCAAUUUCGAGCACAAUAUGGAGAAAAUAUUUUCCACAAUUUCGACCUUACUUAUGCGGUUUUCUUUAACCUGGCCGAACAGUAUGAACGCAAUGACAUGCACAUUGAGGCUCUUAACACCUACAGUAUCAUGACAAAGAAUAAAAUGUUUCCACACGUGAAUCAGCUGAAGUUAAAUAUGGGAAAUAUAUACUAUAAAAUGGGAAUAUAUCCAAAGGCAAUUAAAAUGUACCGGAUGGCUCUCGACUCAGUGCCGAAUAACUUAAAACAACUUCGACUUAAAAUAACUCAGAAUAUUGGUAUCCUAUUUGUACGCAUGGGGCAAUACAUUGAUGCGGCGUCCAGCUUUGAAUUCAUAAUGACUGAACGCGCUGAUAUUCGCAGUGGUAUACACUCUAUUCUAUGCUAUUAUGCCAUGGGAGAUGUUGAAAAGAUUAAGAGUACAUUUCGUAACUUAUGCGACAUUCAACCGAUUGAAAGCGAAAAUGAUCUGGAAAUAGAGAACAACAUUGUCAAAAUUCAACAACAUGCCACUGUCGCUUUGGGUGCAGAUGCUGAUGAGCAGGAGAGUAAUUCAUCUCCUUUCCAGCAAGACGUCAUUCCCUCUAUUGAGAAAGUUAUGAAUGAAACAGCAAGUGCGAAUAUGGAGCUUGAUGUUAAUGACAAAACUAAAAAAAAUUCUGAUGCGAUCAGAAAGCGUUAUGUUACUAAAGCUCUCAAGUGUGACGAGCUGGCUGGUUACGUCAAACAGCGACGCAAUAAUGACAAACGGGGCAUUACCAUGAUUGUAGAUUUAAUAUCACCGAUUAUCGAGGAGACUUAUAACGAUGGCUAUAACUGGUGCAUUGAAGUUAUAAAAACCUCAAGUUUGUCUUGGCUUGCGAACGAACUGGAAUUAAAUAAAGCCUUGGUUUACUUGCGCCAAAACGAAGUCAGUCAGGCAAUUGAAACCUUGCAAAUGCAUGACAAAAACUCGGAAGAAUCAAUGACUGCCAGUGCACUGAUAAACCUUUCCUUUAUUUAUAUCAAUCUGAGCAAUUUUGAUAUGGCAGCUCAUUGCAUAAACCAACUAAAUGAAUUUGGAGUUUUACAAAAUAAUGCCAUGGCACUUGUUAAUGCCAGCAUUAUCGAUUAUGAGCGUAGGGAUUAUGAUGCAGCACGAAAAAAGAUAGAACGCGCUCUCCAAAUCCAGCCGGACAACUUUGAAGCUAACUAUAAUCUUGGUUUGAUUGGAUUGCAAGAGAAUAAUUUGGAACUAGCUGAGGAACAAUUUGAAAAUUUGAAAAGCGUUAUGAUGGUACCACAUUCAGUCCAACAUAGCCAUGUUUAUUUUCAGUUGGCCAAAUUGCAAGAGAAAUUGCAUACUAAUUCAUUGCCAAGCACCAGUUUUCGCCAUAUUACAACACAAGCGGCCUUACAGUCCUACCUACAGGUGUUGGGCAUCUCCGCAGCUGAUACCGAUUCACGGCUAUUCGACAAAGUAGGAUCAAUUUACGAACAAGUACAAGAUCACCAGGAAGCUAAUCAAUACUACAACGAAGCAUAUCGCAUUAACCCAAGUGAUAUAAAUACCGCCAGCUCCAUUGGUUCCUACUAUAUCAAAUUGCAGGCUAUAGAAAAAGCCAUAUAUUACUAUGAGCGCGCAGUACUGGCGAAUCCUAACGAUCCGAAUCUAAUGCUACGGGUAGCCAGCUGUUUUCGUAAUUCAUACUUGCCUUCUAAACAAUAUUUGGGUAUCUUUCAAAAGAUCUAUAACCGUUUUCCGGACAAUCUGACAUGUGUCCGCGCAUUGGUACAAGUCACAAAAUCACUUGGCUUAACGGAUUUAAAUGAAAAAUACUCCCUUGAAUAUGCACGUUUACAUAAAGUAAGGACGGAGCGCCAAAACGACCAGCGCUACCAACAGCAAAGACUUUCCUCAGCAACAUCCAGCAGGGGAAAUAGUCGAUUUAGAGAGUCGAAGAAUAAUAAAGAAGAUGCUUCAUUGAGAAGAUGUGUGGAAAAUGUUGAAGCUAAAACCUUAACGUCUGGAUUCAACGGAGAUCAAUAUUUGCAAAAUUUAAACUCAAAUAUGACAGCAACACACCACUCUGAUCCUUUGGGACCUCCCGCUGAAAGGCCCCGUACUGGAAUGGCUGGUAUAUCCCAAGACCACGAUUCAGAUGACGAAAUAAAUACUGACAGUUUGCUGCCGAUGUAAAACACGAGCUUCUGAGUCCUCUAAUACUAAUAUGUUCAAAACAUGCUUAGCACAUUUGGAACAUGAUUAAAACUAGAAAAAAGUUAUCUUAGAUGUUGACCUACAAAAGUUACAUAAAAAUAAAAGUUGCUAAAAGUGAAAACAAACAUGCAAAUUA